ACUUGUUUUCCCCGACAUGCUGUAAACAAACGUCGAGACAAACAGCCCAGAUUAGUGGGUGUUUUUUUUUCCUCUUUUACAAGUAUCUCGUGAAUUAAGCCAAGAUGCCUCGUGUUAUGAUCAAAGGAGGUGUUUGGAGAAACACAGAAGAUGAAAUCCUCAAGGCAGCUGUUAUGAAAUAUGGCAAAAACCAGUGGUCCCGUAUUGCAUCACUGUUGCACAGGAAAUCAGCCAAGCAGUGCAAAGCUCGCUGGUUUGAGUGGCUCGAUCCUAGCAUCAAGAAGACCGAAUGGAGUCGAGAAGAGGAUGAGAAGCUGCUUCAUCUUGCUAAGCUCAUGCCGACACAGUGGAGGACCAUCGCACCCAUCAUUGGCAGAACUGCUGCUCAGUGUCUUGAGCGCUAUGAAUAUUUGCUGGACCAGGCACAGAAGGGAGAGGACGAUGAAAACGUUGAGGACCCGAGGAAGCUCAGGCCGGGAGAGAUUGACCCUAACCCAGAGACCAAGCCAGCCCGGCCCGACCCUAAGGACAUGGAUGAGGAUGAGCUGGAGAUGUUGUCUGAGGCUCGCGCCCGUUUGGCGAACACGCAGGGCAAGAAAGCCAAAAGAAAGGCAAGAGAGAAGCAGCUGGAGGAAGCACGUAGACUUGCUGCUUUACAGAAAAGGAGGGAGCUGCGUGCUGCUGGUAUUGACUUGCCACAGAAGCGCAAGAAGAGGAAAGGUAUUGACUACAAUGAUGAGAUCCCCUUUGAAAAGCGACCUGCUCCAGGCUUUUACGACACCUCGCAAGAAACGUAUGACCCCAUGCAACCCAACUUCAAGCGCCUCAGGCAGCAGCACCUGGACGGGGAGAUGAGAUCUGAAAGGGAAGAUAAAGAGAGAAAGAAGGACAAGCAGAAGCUCAAGGAUCGAAAAGAACAGGGAGUUCCCAAUUCAGCUUUUGAGAAUGGGGAUGCAGCUAAGACUAAGAGAAGCAAAUUGGUGCUCUCGGUGCCACAGAUAUCAGAGGAGGAGCUGGAACAGGUUGUAAAAUUAGGAAAAGCUUCAGAAGCUGCUAGAGAAUUAGCAGAAGAAGUAGGAGGAAGUGGAGCCUCUCAGGCCCUCUUAGCUGACUACACAGUCACACCAGGCCAAGCCAUGCGCACUCCUCGCACUCCAGCAGACAUGGACAGAGUCAUGCAAGGAGCACAUGAUAUCAUGGCAUUAACGCAUGUGGAUACACCUUUAAAGGGGGGUAUGAACACUCCUCUCAGCCAACAAGAUUUUGGUGGUGUUGAGCCAAAUAAAGCUUUGGUUCAGACUCCUAACACGGUUCUAGGCACUCCUUUCCGAACCCCCUCGGGCACCCAGAUAACAACUCCAGGUCGGACUCCAAUAGCUGCUACCCCACGUGGCCAACAGUCAGCAUUACCCUCUACCACCCCUGGGGCAACCCCAAUUAGGGACAAGCUAAGCAUCAAUGAGGAAGGUGCGCUGGUCCCAAUUGAUGAUCGUCAGGCUCUCAAAGCAUAUCAGCGGAAUAUGAGGGACUCGCUUCAGGCUGGCCUUAGGUCUCUUCCAGCUCCUAAGAAUGACUUUGAAAUUGUUGUACCUGAGGAUGAUGGCCAGGUUGGUGAGGAGGACAAAGAGCAUGGGGAGGCAAUGGUGGAAGAUCAAGCAGAUAUUGACGCAAGAGCUGUAGCUGACGCUGCUUUACGUAGGGAAGCUGAAAUGAAAAAACGCUCACAGGCAGUUCAAAGAAAUCUUCCCAGACCUCAAGAAGUCAACUCAUCUGUUUUAAGGCCGAUGCAUGCUGAUGUGCACUUAUCAGACCAACAAAAGUCAGAAGAGUUGAUUAAGAGAGAAAUGGUAACAAUGCUUCACUUUGAUGCAUUACACACACCCACAGGACCUCCUAACAGGAAAGGAAGUGUAGCAGCAGAGGCCCAACACCGUGACCAUCUAGAGAGACAUCCAUACAAAAGAUAUGGUGAAUCUGACAUAGAAGAAGCUAGGGAUAUGUUAAGAGAAGAGAUGAAUGUUGUCAAACAGGGAAUGGGUCAUGGUGACCUUACCCUGGAUGCUUACUCUCAGGUAUGGGAAGAAUGUCUGGCUCAAGUGUUGUUCCUGCCCAGCCAGAGUAAAUAUACUCGGGCUAGUUUGGCUAGUAAAAAGGACAGAAUUGAGUCUUUAGAGAAGCGCUUAGAGCAGAACAGGCAGCACAUGGCGAAGCAGGCCAAGAUUGCUGCAAAGUUAGAGAAGAAGCUGAAGAUUUUAAUGGGUGGAUAUCAGGCCCGAGCUGCAUCCCUAGCUGCCAGCCUCCAGGAUUCUGUUACUCAGGUGGAAACCGCUAGACUGGAGCUGUCCACAUUUACGUUCCUCAAGCAGAUGGAAACUAUUGCAAUUCCACGGAGACUUGCAACCAUAUCAGAGGAUGUUGCAAGGCAGACAGAGAGAGAAAAAGAGCUCCAGAGGAGAUUCGAAUUGUUGCAAAGAAGGCUUGAAGAUCUAAAAGGACCUGCAACAGCAGAGUCAGUAGCAGAUCAGUAAAAGUAGAGAACAUUUACAUAAUUGAAGGGGUACUUGUUGAUAACAAAUGACAGAAAAGUGACAUUAUACAUUAGUCAAAAUUAAGUAAUUGGUUGAAGUUGUGGGGACAGUACCAGCAGUGAGUGAUUACACUCACUGAUUUUUUUAAGGAGGCAGAUGCACUUGCAAGGGUAGUGACAAUUGGCUGAAUCCAAACCAUCCAAAUAACAUUGUUGAAUUUCAACUGAAUAUCAUUACUGAUCUGUUAGACUAUCGUCAGGCAUCACCAACAAGUCAAGUGCAUCUUUGCCUCAUUAUAGAAAUGAAGUACAAUUCUUGUGUUCUCUUUUGUGAUGGCCAUUCUUUUAGCUUGUAUUUGUUCCAGUAUUUCAGUGACAGGUUCAGGUUAUUACAGUUACGAAUGAUGGGAUUUUUUUUUUUAUAAUGUUUUCAGAUUUAUUUAUUCUAGAGUGAUUUGAAAAAAAAAUUAAUGUGUUAACUGCUGGAUAGCAGUGGUUGGAUCAUAUGUUCCUCCAUCUAAAAUUCUAGGUAUUAACUAGAAUUGCUGAAGAAAAUGAAUACCCAUAACAAAUGUAUACAAAGCUGUUUGGCUUUCUUAAAAUAAAGUUGUAAAAUAUAC